AAAGAGGCUUUUGUCAACUGCGUCCUAGACACAGUGCCAUUGCCGGAUUUAAUUGCACCACUCCUCUCUCUCUCUCUCUCACCUCCUAUACAACUAAUCUUGUAAGAUUUUCUCUCUCUCUACCCUGUCUUUGCCCAAAAUUUGGUGGUGCAAAUCAUCACACUUACUUUUCCAUUAAAAUCCUCCCAAAAACCGUAUACCCUUUCCACUUGGAUACCUUAGAUUUCAACAUAAAUUGAAUCUGACUUACGCAGUUGAUGGUGUGGUCCAUAUCAUAAGAUUUUUUCAUCACCAAUCUCUUACUCUUUUAGGGUUUUAAGCUGUACACCUCAUCAAUUAAGUAGGGUUUGUGGCCAUCGCUUCUUCUUGAUAUUGAGAAGUUGUACAUAGUUGUACCUAUUGGUUGAAGUUCUAGUUCAGCUGGGUCAUAUAGCUGAUUAAUUAAGUUCUUAAUGUUUUUUUUUAAUUGAAUAAAUGGAGGAAUACACCAAUAAUCACCUGAGCCAAAACACAAGUCCAAGGGCAAAUUUGUUGUAUUCUUUGGCUGGUGGUUCAAGCGUAGGAAACCGCCACCACCAACUAAUUCCAUUUAACACCUUUCAUCGUCAAACGGGUAGAUCGGAUCACUGUUUUCAACCGGAUCAAGCACCACACCCUAGUGUGAAAACCGAGUCCAACAAUUCCCAUCUUCACUAUCCUCUAAUGAGAUCAAAUCUUCACCACAUGCUGCAUCCUCAGCAAGGAGGGAGCCAGAGCUCUAACGAACUUGAAGCCAUAAAAGCCAAAAUCAUUGACCAUCCUCACUACUCAAAUCUUUUACAAGUUUACAUGGAUUGCCAAAAGGUAGGAGCUCCGCCAGAAGUGGUGGCGCGUUUUGCUGCGGUUAGAGAGAAUUUUGAGGCACGGCAGCGAUCUUUGGUUAGGUCAAUGGAAACUUGCAAGGACCCAGAACUUGAUCAAUUCAUGGAAGCUUACUAUGACAUGCUAGUGAAGUAUCGAGAGGAAUUAACGAGGCCUAUAGAAGAGGCUAAGGAUUUCAUGCAGAGGAUAGAAUCUCAGCUGAACACGCUUUGCAAUGGAACCGUGCGGAUCUUCUCUGAUGAUAAGUGGGAAAACAUUGGUUCAUCAUCGGAAGAGGAUAAAGACAACAGUGGUCGAGAAACAGAAUUGAUCGAGAUUGAUCCCCAAGCGGAAGACCGUGAACUCAAAAGCCACUUGCUCAAGAAGUACAGUGGCUACUUAGGUAGCCUUAAGAAAGAACUUUCUAAGAAAAAGAAAAAAGGAAAACUGCCUAAAGAUGCUAGGCAAAAGCUACUUAGCUGGUGGGAAUUACAUUACAAAUGGCCAUAUCCUUCGGAAUCAGAGAAGGUGGCGCUGGCUGAAGCAACUGGUUUGGAUCAGAAGCAAAUAAAUAACUGGUUCAUAAAUCAAAGGAAACGGCACUGGAAACCAUCGGAAGACAUGCAAUUUAUGGUUAUGGAUGGCUUGCAUGCGCAGAAUGCAACUCUCUAUAUGGAUGGCCACUACAUGGCUAAUGACCAUUACCGUUUAUGGCCAUAACCGCCCAAUAUUAUUGUUGACGGUUUGAAACAAAUUUUAUAAGUUGUUGCUAUUUUUUAGGACCAUUAUUAUAUUUUUUUUAGUUUAUCUUCUAGACAACUAUCCCGUAGUAGUUUAUAUAUAUAUAUAUAUAUAUAUAUAUAUAUAUAUAUUAGUAUCUCUUUGUAAAAGGCAAUAUGCUUUUGAGAUCAAUAAAAAAAGCCUUCUGCAG